ACUAUUCUUUCCGAUCAAGCCGAGCAGACUUCGAGCCCUAAUAAGCAUUUCGAAGAGAUAUUGCUGGAAGAGUAGCGAGUAGAACAAUGAGCCGGGGAACUGGGGCCGGAUACGAUCGCCACAUCACGAUCUUUUCUCCAGAGGGACGCCUCUACCAAGUUGAGUAUGCGUUCAAAGCGGUGAAGGCUGCGGGCGUCACAUCCAUUGGCGUUAGAGGGAAGGAUUCAGUCUGCGUCGUUACGCAGAAGAAGGUUCCGGAUAAGUUGUUGGACCAAACCAGCAUCACUCAUCUCUUUCCUAUUACCAAGUACCUUGGCUUGCUGGCAACUGGGAUUACAGCUGACGCAAGGUCUUUGGUUCAACAAGCAAGGAAUGAAGCAGCAGAAUUCCGGUUCAAAUGGGGAUAUGAGAUGCCUGUUGAUGUUCUUGCCAAGUGGAUAGCUGACAAAUCACAGAUAUAUACACAGCAUGCUUACAUGCGACCACUUGGAGUAGCUGCAAUGAUAUUGGGCAUUGAUGAAGAAAAAGGACCUCAGCUAUUCAAAUGUGACCCAGCUGGUCAUUUUUUUGGUCACAAGGCAACAAGUGCUGGAUUGAAGGAGCAAGAAGCAAUCAAUUUUCUCGAGAAGAAAAUGAAGAAUGAUCCUGCAUUAUCAUAUGAGGAGACUGUGCAGACUGCAAUAUCUGCCCUGCAAUCAGUUCUACAGGAGGACUUCAAGGCCACUGAGAUUGAGGUGGGAGUUGUCAGAAAGGAUGAUCCUAUCUUUAAAGUGCUAUCUACAGAGGAAAUUGAUGAGCACCUGACUGCCAUCAGUGAGCGCGACUGACCGGUUAGUGUCAUCAAAAUUAUAUAUACUUUGUUUCUGAAACGAUGCGUGAGAUUUAGAAUCUGUAAUGGAAAACAACUGUACAUUUCAUGGCCCCCAACCCCACAGUACUCGAAGCUUUUUUUCUGCUAAUUAUGCUCGUCACGUUUCAUAUCUUUCAUGGCUAUGCCAGUGUGCAUUUGGUUUGAUUUGUUAGUA